AUGAACGUUCCUCUCCUGCUUUUACUCCUCUUUCAGUUGCCUCGCUCUGCAUUGCCUACGGGAUCCGAACGCGCGUAUUUGGAGCACCAACUUGUCGAAGGACGCGUAUCAGGGCGCAGGACUGGAAGACUGUACUGUAGAGUUGGAAUUGGUUUCCACCUUCAGAUUCACCCAGAUGGAAGAGUCAACGGGAGUCACGAACCUAAUCCGUUAAGUGUGCUGGAGCUGUUUGCCGUGUCUCAGGGGGUCAUAGGGAUCCGAGGGGUUUUCAGCAACCGAUUUCUAGCCAUGAACAAGAUGGGGAGGCUUCAUGCAACUGAGAGCUUUACAGAUGACUGUAAGUUCAGGGAGCGUUUUCAGGAGAACAGCUACAACACGUACGCCUCAGUGAUCCACAAGAACCAUCGCACUGGCAGAGAGUGGUUCGUGGCACUUAACAAGAGAGGUAAAGCAAAAAUGGGGUCCAGUCCAAGAGUGAAGUCGCAACACGUGUCUACACAUUUUCUGCCGAGGAUGCAUUUGCAUGAAAAGACUGAUCAAGGAUUCACAAUAACAGACAAAGAGCAGGAAAAACAACCACCUCCACAUCCACCAACACCCUCUAUAACAAAAGUCGCAGCCAACACUGGAAAGAAGAAUCGACCAGUAGUCAAAUACUGGCCCAAGUUUCGAUUCGGAUAAACCAGUGCUGUCUCAAAAACAAGGACUAAUCUUGCAAAAAAGACAAGCUGGGAAAAAAGAUGGUUUGCUGAAAUAACCAGUUUUCUCUUCAGGAUAACCAAUACUUGCUUAACUUACAUGACUUGAGCAUUCCGGUCAUCAUGUACAUUAGACGUCAAAGGACUGAAUCAGCCAACCACAAGACAUUUUCACGACAGAACUUCUGAAGUCUGAUGUGCAUUUCAUGAGGAUCUUGUGAAAAUCUUAUGUAUUUGAACUAAAGUUGCGUUACAAGAGGAUUUGCCUUAUUAUCCUCAGUGAUUUUACAAAAUAUAACUACAUUUUUAUAGUAUACCUCACUGUAUUUAUACAAUAUAUUUAUGUCUCUACAAGCUUUUUUUGCACAAACAGUUAUCCAGCUUCCAAAAUUAUAAUGUUUGUGAUGGUAAUAUGCAAAUAUAUUUUUUAAAAACGGUGAAGAACAGUACAAGAAAAAGACGACAUAUUUUGAAUGCUUCUGGGUUGAAUAAUGCACAUGGAUUGCUUAUUUGCAUGAAAAGUCCAUAUUUCUUCUACUAGAUGUCUGUCCAUCAAAACUAUCAGGCUAUAUGCUGACUGUCAUGGAAAUUAAAAUCCUGUCAUGACCCCAGUGCAUUCCAUAGAAGAGCGAUGUCUCACAAGGAUAAACAUGUCUUGUGGGACUGCUCUGUGUAUUUUAUGAGCUCUGCUCAUAGGUGUAUCAAAUGGCAGACAGUCGUGGUAUGACCCUUCACAA